AGUAAUAAAAAAAAAAAUACUUCCAAAAUAGAUGACGAUUAUGAUGAUGUGGGANUUGAAGUCAUUUUAAUAGAGUCAGGUACAUAAGAUUGUUAAAUAAUGUUGCUAUCAGGAGUUUCCAAAGAUCUAUUUACGUCAGUUUAAAUUGUCUAGAAUAAUUCUUGAUAUUCUGAAGUAGAUGCAGAUUCUUUGCUGGUAGAUUUGUAUCUUUAAAGCAAUUCUUGGACAGAAAAACAAACUGGUUUUUAAGUAGGUUUUAUUGCAUUAUCAAAGGUUUUCAUUUAGCAGUUAAACAAAUUUUAAUUAUAAAUUAUCUUUUAUAUUGAUAUAUAGAUAUAUAUAUAUAUUAACUAAUUAUAUAGAUUAGAUGGUAUUGUUUUUAAGAGAUUUAGGUAUUGUUAUUUAAAUAAAUCAUAUUUUCUUUAAAAAACCUUGAAAUCAG